ACUCUCCGCCAUCUGGGGAUGCGCAAGCCGUGGAUUGGCCAAGAGAUCGGCUCCGAGAUAGCCUCAGUGGCAAAGAAGAUCUUUCAAUAAAAUCUCGUGAGGCGGCGAUGUUUGAGGGUUGAUCUGAUUUUCUCAUCCGCGCACCCUUCACCCUCAUGAUGCUCGCGGUCGCAUAUCUUUGGAUUCUCCUGCUGCUGCGGGGAAUCCACGUGGGCGCCAAGAGCACGACAAGCAUGAGGGAAGCCGAAGUUACCACCAUCACCGAUGAUACCUCUACAGCAUCAGUAUCGUCCACUCAUUCAGGAAUUGACAGUGAUUCUUUCAGCGUCGUGACCACCGAAACUGCCGUCGUUGUUCCUACCGGCAGUUAUCUCAGCUACACCACUACGAUUACGGUCGGGGAUAGCGUCUCCCAAACAACCUUCACCACCACCACCGCGGCCAAUACAACCAUUUCUACUAAUGGCACCACCACUGCCACCACAACUACGGAUACAAAUGUCGUCGUCACCGGCACGCGAAACUCCAGUAGCACUGCGACGUCCACUGCGACCACGCCAGCCAACUUGCAGCCUUGCAAUGGCUACACCGAGUUCUGCAGCCGACAAUACUCGAAUAUUACCAUGGUCACAGCACACAACAGUCCCUUCGUGAAGAAGAACAAUAUUGCAGCAAAUCAGAUGUACAAUGUGAAGACUCAGCUUGAGGACGGAGUGCGCAUGCUAUCUUUCGAAGCCCACUAUUACGAAGAUGACAUCUACCUCUGCCACACCUCUUGCGACCUCCUGAACAUGGGUACCCUAGAAGACUACCUCACAACUGUGACCGACUGGAUCAAGGACAACCCAUACGACGUCGUCACUAUCCUGAUCGUCAACUCCGACUACGUCUCCCCCUGGAACUUUACCGCUCCCAUCGAAAACUCCGGUCUCAUCGACUACGUCUACGAGCCGUGGAAAAUCCCCAUGAGUUUGGACGACUGGCCUACGCUAUCGGAGAUGAUUAUGGGCGGCAAACGCGCUGUUGUCUUCAUGGACUACCAGGCCAAUCAGACUGCUAUUCCGUACAUUCUGGACGAGUUUACCCAAAUGUGGGAGACGCCGUUCUCGCCGCUGAAUACCUCCUUCCCUUGCACGGUGCAGCGGCCCCCUGGAAUUACAGCUGCGCAGGCAGAGGAGCGGAUGUAUAUGAUCAACCAUAAUCUGAACCUUGAGAUUGUGUUUGAGGGGAUCGAUAUUCUGGUACCGGAUUCCGCUCAGAUCAAUGAGACGAACGCAGUGUCGGGAUAUGGGAGUCUAGGACUGAUGGCGAACAAUUGUCGAGCAAAAUGGGAUCGUCCGCCCAACUUCCUCCUCGUCGAUUACUACAACGACGGCAACUUCCAAGGCUCCGUUUUCGAAGUCGCAGCUCAAAUGAACAACGUCACGUACAAUGGUAAAUGUUGUGGCGGGUCGAGCAGUGCGGCGUCGAGAAUUGUUGAUGUUCCAUAUACUUGGCUUUCUGCAUUUGUUGCCAUGGGUGUUGGUUUGUUUACUCUCUUUGGAUUAUGAUGUGAUACCUUUUACACCAUUGGAUUGAUCGAUGUAGAUAGCAUAUUAUACCAUUUUCUUGUAAUUAGUUGCUUUUAUUUAUGUGACAAUUGAUCCUUCCUACAUUUAG